AAGAUUUUUCGCUGCCAAGCCGGUUAAGUCCUAGGGGGUUCGACCUGGGCAACUAAAGCAAUUAAGAAAACUGCAUUAAAGAAAACUGCAUUUUUAAGUGAGAAAGCAUUGGAAUUUGUGCGCAUCGCUUCAUUAACAUUAAAAUGAGCAUGGCACCCGUUCUAGUCAUACAAUUAGUUCGAUUAAAUACUCCACGUGCUUCCUUCAACACACUUGCUAACCGAUUGCGGCGCACAUUUGCAUUGGGUAAUCAGUCGCUGCCAUUGGCGUCGCCUUUGCAUGUCCGUUCGCUAUCAUCGAGUGCUUCGAUACUUACAAACACAGUACGGGUUGCAAGUACGGGCAGAAGAUGUUAUAGUAAUGCCAAGGAACCACCGACUGGAGCAUCAGAAUCAACAUCGCCAUUGCUUUCAAAACUUUUUCCACAAACUUCGCCCGAUGCCGACAGCAAUGCCGAACAGGAGCGUAAGAAGCGUGAGGAGGAUGAAGCCAAGGAGAAUGAGCGCGCUUGGAAGCGCAUGAAAUUGGGUUUUGCCAUUUUUGGAGGCGGCGGCAUUGCCACUGUACUUUGGGGCAUAUAUAAGUUUGGACAGCCUGAAGUGGAUGCAGAAGGUCAGACAAUUGAGGAUGAGUUUACAAACAAGCCACUGGUACAACAGUAUUUGCAGCGUAUGUGGAAAUCGCUGCAUUACUAUCAAAAAAUGAUUCAGGAACCGUCGCGUGCUAAACUAUUACCAGACCCGCUAAAGUAUCCAUAUGUGCAGCCGCGCUAUACGCUCGUGCUAGAGAUGAAGGAUGUGCUGGUGCAUCCAGAUUGGACAUAUAAGACUGGCUGGCGCUUCAAGAAGCGCCCCGGAGUCGAUCGCUUCCUGCAGGAGUGCGCCAAAGACUUUGAAAUUGUCGUGUUUACUGCCGAACAGGGUAUGACGGUAUUUCCAAUAUUGGACACCCUCGAUCCCAAUGGCUACAUUAUGUACCGCUUGGUGCGCGAUGCCACUCACUUUGUUGAUGGGCAUCAUGUCAAAAAUCUGGACAAUUUAAAUCGAGACCUGAGACGCGUUAUUGUAGUUGACUGGGAUGAAAAUGCCACUAAAAUGCAUCCCGACAACACUUUUGGAAUUGCUCGCUGGCAUGGAAACGACGAUGAUAAGCAACUACUUCAUUUGAUAGCCUUUUUGAAGAUCAUAGCGCAAAAUGAUGUGGACGAUGUGCGAGAAGUUUUACAUUAUUAUCGGCAGUUUGAGGACCCUAUUAGUCAGUUUAGGGAAAACCAACGUAAGCUGGCAGAGCAGAUGCAGGAAGCUGAACGUAUCGAACAGGCGAAGGCUAAGCCGAUGGUCAAACAAUGGUCACGCAGCAUUUUGGGGCGCUAACUGAUGUUCCAUUGAUGCUGCUAUUUCCGUCGCUGGUCGCACCACGCUAACCCACACAAAAGCCAUAGUCUAUUUAUACAGCAGCUUUAUCCAGUUACAAACUAUAUAUACAUACACCCAAAUUCCAAUUCCUUAUGAUUUAAUGAAGAGCAUGGCCAUAUUGAGGGAGGCGUCGACAAAAACCCCAAUCCGAGUGCUGCUGGAAUAAUGGCAAAUGUAAAAGUUCUUGCGUGUAAGCUAAAUGCACUUUAUUCUUUUAUACACAACAAAACAAAAUAUUAAGCAGUUGUUUUAUUAAUCUUUUUCUUUACGUU